CCGCAAUCGCAAUGGCGGCGGUGAAGGACGCGUAAGGGUACCCUCGUAUACCCGCGCGUAACUCAGUGCCAUUUCGUCCAUCAAAUCCGCAGUGGAAAACUACGUUUUUGCUAGAUAGGUAACCGUCACGCAAUACACACGUCGCCGCACUGCAGCACGCCUAUCCCGACGGCUUUCGUCACGAGGUGAGUCCAUCAACUGCAGUACAACACGGCAGUAACUUACAUACAUCAGCAUGUCAGAAAGACGGACACUUUUGAGCCGUCCCCGAACCCGGGUGUACGAUUGCAAUUAUAACAUCGGCGAGGGUUACUAUAAGCCAAUGAUGGACCACCUGGACCGCAAAUACUACGGUUCUUCGACCACACCAGCCGCAGCCAAACCAACUAGCGGAUUCUUCGACUCUAGCCCCAAAAGCCUAUUUGGUACAUCUGGCACUUCGGCUUUUGACGAGUACAGAUCUUCAUCACCAGUGCGGUCCCGGCGCAGCGGAUCCGACUCCAGAUUAUCACUGCCCGACGACGAAUUCGAACAAGAGGUAGCCGCACUGCGCCGAGCUCGGGCUGCCAAGGCAGCAGCCGCCCGGACGGCGUCGCUGGAAAAGGAAUUUGAGUCGGCGUUCAACGGGUUUGCGUCGGACGGCAAGCCGAGGGCGCGGCUCAACUACACCGAGAAGCUGUUGGACACGGUCGGGCUGAACAGCAAGUCGCAGGAGGCGUUGGAGGAAGAGAUCCACAAGAAGCGGACAAAGUCCUUCUUCCAGGACGCGGAGGACGUGGUGGCCACAGCCGAAAUGCACGCCAACAACCGACGGUCGGCCGCGUUCAAGGCGCAGCUACAGGAUGCGGCUGACGAGCUAUCCGCCGAUCAGUUGUCGGCCGCGGCUCGGGCGCGCAAGUCCAAGGCCCGCUUGUUGGACAUACAAAACGAAUUGGACGGCAUCGCCGAGCGGGACGCCGCCCGCCAAAAGCGCUCGGCCGACUUGAGGGCACUGUUCGCUGACAACGAAGCGCUCACAGAAUCGGUCAGCACUUUCAAGAAGAAGUCGUCGAAAAAAGUGUCGUUUUAAUGGACUUUAACGUCUUUAAUAAUAUUUUUAUUGAUACAAUUAAUAUAACGUAUUAACAGAGAGAAAGAGAGUAAGAUAAAGAGGGCCAUGACGUAGAUUGGUACUGAAACAGAUCAGACGAUACGACCGCUCGCUAUAUCAUCUCUCAUCAUUACAUGUGUUCCCUCUUUUUUCCUCUCCAUCUCUCUUCUCCUCUCCUAUCUCUUUCACACCGGUCUUAUUCUCAUCUCCUGACUCAUUUUCUUUCUUUUCAUCAUUUUUUUGUCUUACGAUUUUUUUCUUCUCUGUGAUAAAAUUUAAUUUGUCACUCACUAGC